UUACCACCUCUCCUGGACAGCUGGGCUAGGGACGAGGGGAAGGGAGAGGGUCAGAGGCAAGGAGACUAACCUAGGGAGCUCCAGGACAGGAAGGUAAGUGGAAGGCUAAGGCUGGUGGAUAGGGUGCUCCUGAGACCAUGUGACUUUCCACCUCUUUCCACCUCCUCCUUCUUCCUGAGUUCCCUUUUCAUGUGCCAUUGACAGCAUGGCCUGUCACCAUCCUCCAAGGUGCAUUAGUUAGUCUAGGUGUCGGGCCCUUCAGAAGGAAUGUGACCACCGACCAGAAGGCAGGGAAGUCAGAUGAGUAAUGGGAACCUUGGUUGAUGAUGAUCAACAAGAGAUGGCAACCUGCCUGGGUCCCUAUGAGAGGAUCAGGACGUCACUGUGCCGUUCUGAUUCAUCAAGGAGAAUUUCUUGCAGGCAGGACCCUUGUCUUGGUCUUGGAAGAGUCACUCACCUUGAGUCUACCUCAGUUCAGAAAUCAACAUGGAGAGCAUUGGACUGUGUAUUCCUGAGAGCCUGAGGGAGCUGGUGGGAUGAUUUGGCCUGCUCCAAGGACUCUGGGCGAUGGAGAGAAGGAGUCAAGAAUAAGGACAAAGAAAGAUCUCAUAGCAGUGUUUCUUGGUCUCUGGUGAGGGAUCAGGGUUCCUGAUUCCUGCCAGGUAGUCCAGUACUUUCAUGACAUAGAGGACUGUGUGCUUAGACACUGGCAGUCCCCAAAAUGCUGUAAAGUUUUGAAACUCUUAAUUUCAAGUUGCAUAUUUGUGGAUCCACACAGUGCCUGGAGACUAAAGAGGACAGAGACAAGAUGGAUACAGUAUGCAGUUGUCUCUAGUGUCCUUAUGCCAGGUGUUGCACAUACAAGAUGGAUACAGUAUCCAAUUAUCUUUAGCGUCCAUAUGCACAUACAAGUGUCGACAUAAUGAAUCCUUGCAACUCUUGGGAGAAUGGCUACCAUUCCACUCUGUAGGUGAGGAAAAACGAGGCACAGGGAUGUUGAACAGCUUUAGAACUGGGGCUGAAGCAGGAGAUGCUGGACUAAAGGAGGGAAAAGUACAGGCACAUUGAAACAAUGGGAACAUGGAGGAAGAAAUGGUCACAAGCUGGAGAGAGAAGGGAGCUGCUUCCUGUGUUUGGUGGAUGUGGUGCCCGUGAAGAAUGAGGAUGGGGCUGUCAUCAUGUUUAUCCUCAACUUUGAAGUGGUGAUGGAGAAGGACAUGGUAGGGUCGCCAGCUCAUGACACCAAUCACAGGGGGCCCUCUACCAGCUGGCUAGCUUCUGGCCGGGCCAAGACCUUCCGCCUGAAGCUGCCUGCCUUGUUGGCACUGACUGCCAGGGAAUCGCCCAUGCGGACAGGAAGCACGGGCAGUCCUGGAGCCCCCGGGGCAGUGGUGGUGGAUGUGGACCUGACGCCGGCAGCACCCAGCAGUGAGUCCCUGGCCUUGGAUGAGGUUUCUGCCAUGGACAACCAUGUGGCUGGACUUGGGCCUGCAGAAGAGAGGCGAGCACUGGUGGGCCCAGCGUCUGCUUCACCGGUAGCCAGCAUCCGAGGCCCUCACCCGUCCCCUCCAGCUCAGAGCCUUAACCCUGACGCCUCUGGUUCCAGCUGCAGUCUGGCCCGAACACGCUCACGGGAGAGCUGCGCUAGUGUGCGCCGGGCGUCUUCCGCAGAUGACAUCGAGGCAAUGCGGGCUGGGGCGCUGCCCCCUCCGCCCCGACAUGCUAGUACAGGGGCCAUGCACCCCCUGCGCAGUGGCCUGCUUAACUCCACCUCAGACUCUGACCUCGUGCGCUACCGAACCAUUAGCAAGAUACCCCAAAUCACCCUCAACUUUGUGGACCUCAAAGGCGACCCUUUCCUGGCUUCACCCACCAGUGACCGGGAAAUCAUAGCACCCAAGAUAAAAGAGCGGACCCACAAUGUCACCGAGAAGGUCACCCAGGUCCUGUCCUUGGGAGCCGAUGUGCUUCCUGAAUAUAAGCUGCAGGCCCCAAGAAUACACCGCUGGACCAUCCUACACUACAGCCCCUUCAAGGCAGUGUGGGACUGGCUCAUUCUGCUGCUGGUCAUCUACACAGCUGUCUUCACACCGUACUCGGCUGCCUUCCUGCUGAAGGAGACUGAAGAUGGGUCCCAAGCCCCUGACUGCGGCUAUGCCUGCCAGCCUCUGGCUGUAGUGGACCUCCUCGUGGACAUCAUGUUCAUUGUGGACAUCCUUAUCAAUUUCCGCACCACCUACGUUAACGCCAAUGAAGAGGUGGUCAGCCAUCCUGGCCGCAUCGCUGUGCACUACUUCAAGGGCUGGUUCCUCAUCGACAUGGUGGCUGCCAUCCCCUUCGACCUGCUCAUCUUUGGCUCUGGCUCUGAGGAGCUCAUCGGACUGCUGAAAACUGCCAGGCUGCUGCGGCUGGUGCGAGUGGCUCGGAAGCUGGACCGCUACUCGGAGUAUGGGGCAGCAGUGCUCUUCCUGCUCAUGUGCACCUUCGCGCUCAUUGCACACUGGUUGGCCUGCAUCUGGUACGCCAUCGGCAACAUGGAACAGCCUCACAUGGACUCACACAUUGGCUGGCUGCACAACUUGGGCGACCAGAUCGGCAAGCCCUACAACAGCAGCGGCCUGGGAGGCCCCUCCAUCAAGGACAAGUACGUCACAGCGCUCUACUUCACCUUCAGCAGCCUCACCAGCGUGGGCUUUGGCAAUGUCUCUCCCAACACCAACUCAGAAAAGAUCUUCUCCAUCUGUGUCAUGCUCAUUGGCUCCCUCAUGUAUGCCAGCAUCUUCGGCAACGUGUCCGCCAUCAUCCAGCGGCUGUACUCGGGCACGGCCCGCUACCACACACAGAUGCUCCGGGUGCGGGAGUUUAUCCGCUUCCAUCAGAUUCCCAACCCGCUACGCCAGCGCCUCGAGGAGUACUUCCAGCACGCUUGGUCCUACACCAACGGCAUCGACAUGAAUGCGGUGCUGAAGGGUUUCCCCGAGUGCCUGCAGGCUGACAUCUGCCUACAUCUAAACCGCUCACUGCUGCAGCACUGCAAACCAUUCCGAGGGGCCACUAAAGGCUGCCUGAGGGCCCUGGCCAUGAAAUUCAAGACCACACAUGCGCCACCAGGGGACACGCUGGUGCACGCUGGGGACCUGCUUACUGCCCUCUACUUCAUCUCCAGGGGCUCCAUCGAGAUCCUGCGGGGUGAUGUCGUGGUGGCCAUCUUGGGGAAGAACGACAUCUUUGGAGAGCCUCUGAACCUGUAUGCACGUCCUGGGAAGUCCAAUGGGGAUGUGAGGGCCCUCACUUACUGUGACCUGCACAAGAUCCAUCGAGACGAUCUGCUGGAGGUGUUGGACAUGUACCCCGAGUUCUCAGACCACUUUUGGUCUAGCCUGGAGAUCACCUUCAACCUUCGAGAUACCAACAUGAUUCCUGGCUCCCCCAGCAGUGCGGAACUAGAGAGCGGCUUCAACAGGCAGCGAAAGCGCAAACUGUCCUUCCGGAGGCGUACUGACAAGGACACAGAGCAGCCAGGGGAGGUGUCAGCCCUGGGGCAAGGCCCUGCCCGAGUUGGGCCAGGGCCGAGUUGCCGGGGACAGCCGGGAGGGCCAUGGGGGGAGAGCCCAUCCAGUGGCCCUUCCAGCCCAGAGAGCAGUGAGGAUGAGGGCCCAGGUCGCAGCUCCAGCCCCCUCCGCCUGGUGCCCUUCUCCAGCCCCAGGCCUCCCGGAGACUCCCCAGGUGGGGAGCCUUUGACAGAGGAUGGAGAGAAAAGCAGUGACACUUGUAAUCCCCUGUCAGGUGCCUUCUCUGGGGUGUCCAAUAUUUUCAGCUUCUGGGGGGACAGUCGGGGGCGCCAGUACCAGGAGCUGCCUCGAUGCCCUGCCCCGGCCCCUAGCCUCCUCAACAUCCCCUUGUCUAGCCCUGGCCGGCGUUCCCGGGGUGACGUGGAGAGCAGGCUGGAUGCACUCCAGAGACAGCUGAACAGGCUGGAAACCCGGCUAAGUGCAGACAUGGCCACUGUCCUACAGCUGCUACAGAGGCAAAUGACCCUGGUCCCUCCUGCCUACAGUGCUGUGACCACCCCUGGGCCUGGCCCCACUUCCACGUCCCCUUUGUUGCCUGUCGGCCCCGUCCCCACUCUCACCCUGGACUCGCUUUCUCAGGUUUCCCAGUUCGUGGCGUUUGAGGAGCUUCCUGCAGGAGCCCCAGAGCUCCCCCAAGAUGGCCCCACUCGACGCCUCUCCCUGCCGGGCCAGCUGGGGGCCCUCACCUCCCAGCCCCUGCACAGACAUGGCUCAGAUCCAGGCAGUUAGUGACGCUGCCCGGUGUGGACACGUGGCUCACCCUGGGGUCAGGGGAUUACCUGACCGCUCUCCUUGGAGACCCUGGUUUGAAGGGGAGAACAGUGCAGGAGCACCUCCUCCCCCGCCCUUGGGACCAGCAUCUCCUCCUGCAAUACCCUGGGCCCCACUGGGAGGGGCAGGGGCAGAGCUGGGCAGUGGACAGGGGGUCUGUGGUCCCCCCACUGCCCUGGGGGCAUUAGCUGGUCUAACUGCCCGGAGGCACCCGGCCCUGGGCCUUAGGCACCUCAAGGACUUUUCUGCUAUUUACUGCUCUUAUUGUUAAGGAUAAUAAUUAAGGAUCAUAUGAAUAAUUAAUGAAGAUGCUGAUGACUAUGAAUAAUAAAUAAUUAUCCUGAGGAGA